AUGGAAUUAUGUAUUGCAGCUCUUUUCAGAUGGGGAGCAGCAUUGCAGCACAGAUCUCGAUUACGUCCAAGGAAUAGUAGCGAGAAGGUGAAGUUACUGCAGCAGGCCAGAUGCUUGUACGAAGAUGCACUUCAUAUGGACUCGGAAAAUCCCCAACUACAAGAUGCCUUGUCAUCAUUCGGGAACGUACAUUUCCUCUCUUGUUCGCCCCGAUCUGUAAAGCUUUCUGUUUUUUUGACUGCAAUAGUCGAGUUUUUUCUCUGUGAGACUGUAAAGGAGCUCUGGAAGCACCGUGCAAUAAAGGAGUGA